AACAGUCUUUAUUUAUCUGUACUAAACACAAACACAGAGAGAGCAAACCCAUUUCUUGAAAUUCGAUCUCCGACAAAGCAUGAAGAGAGUCAGAGGUUUCAAGAUAGGACAUAGAUACGUCAAGAUCUUUAGAUGGAUCCGAUCCAAAAAAACUCAAACAAUGAAACGCCAAUGCCCGACCCCAAUCACCAACCCGAUCACCGGGAUCCGCUCAUUAGCACGGUCUCUAAGCCGUGGAGCCAAGAGACUGUGUAGUGGCAAGAAGAAUUCGGGCCAGAGUCAGAUCCGACUGGGUAAGGAUCCGAAAAAUACUCCGUCGAUGAAAGUUGUUCCGAAGGGGCAUUUGGUGGUUCACGUGGGCGAACCAGACGGCGACACGCGGCGGGUUGUAGUGCCGGUGAUCUACUUUAAUCACCCUUUGUUCGGAGAAUUGUUGGAGCAAGCGGAGCGGGUUCACGGGUUUGAUCAACCGGGUCAGAUCACGAUUCCGUGUCGGGUUUCUGAUUUUGAGAAAGUUCAGAUGAGGAUCGCCGCAUGGGAUCACUGUCGCAGGAAGAGUACUUACAAGAUUCUCUAAUUUGACAUUUUUCUUGUCUGAACUAAAAGAAAAGAAAAAAAAAAUAGAGGAGUUUUGUAAAUAUAUUGUUUUUUCCUUGUAUUAUAAACACGGUAUGCCAAUUCAUAAUUGAAAAGAAUUAUGUUUUAACACUAUUA